AUGCGGCGUCUCUCCGUCGGUAUUUCUUCUUCUGGGCCUAUCAAUAGUCGGCGGACAUUUGCCCCUUCUCUGGUUUCAUGGGACACGGCUGGCGUGGCAGUGGCGGCAGAGGGGUUAUUCUUCAGCGCACAUUAUUUUCUUCUUCGGGCUAUCCUGCGGCGUAACAUUGCGCCCAUUGCGGAGAAGACCUGGAGGUCGGAUAGUUGGAGCACGUAG